CCUUCAUCUCGUUCUCUAUUGUGGUCACUAACUCAUCAUGAAAUUAUUGCUCUUCGUUUCACUUGUGGCGGCGUGCGCCUUCGCCGCCCCCCAGCGCGACUCCAAAGACGCCGUCAUCACCAAGUACGAGAGCGACAACAUCGGCAUCGACGGAUACAACUAUCUGUAUGAGACCAGUGACGGCACCUCCGCCCAGGAGCAGGGGCAGCUGCAGAACGCCGGCACGGAAAACGAGGCCAUCGUGGUCAGGGGGCAGUUCUCCUUCGUGGGGCUGGACGGGGUGACCUACACUGUGACCUACAUAGCGGACGAGAACGGCUUCCAGCCCCAGGGGGCGCAUCUCCCGAAAGCACCCUAGACUAGUGAGCCCGGCCAUUUGGAGGUUUUUAUAAAAGUGAAAAUUGGCCGCUUCUAUUUAUGUACGAAAAAUGUAAAUAAACGAUAUUUUAAUAA